GGGAUCACUGAUGACACAUACCUAAUCUUUUUAUUCUUUACAGUUCUUUCAUUGCCUUCCAUUUUGCGCAGUGAAUAUUGUGCAAAAUCGGUUUGUGUGUCUAUUUAAAGGGUUACAAACCUACAAAAUGGAAAAUAGAAUUGUCUUUUUUUUGUUGUGUUGCGUUGCAUACCCAGUUAUGGCAAAAAAUAUAGUGCUAAUCCUUGUUGACGAUCUGGAUAUUGAAUUGGAUGGAAUGAAACCUUUAAUACAAACCCAAAAUUUAAUCGUCAAUAAAGGAACCUCCUUCACAAACUGUUAUGCUGCGGUGCCAAUUUGCUGUCCAAAUAGAGCGUCAAUUUUAACCGGCCGAUAUCAACACAACCAUUGGGUUCUAAAUAAUAGUAUUUCAGGCGGUUGCAACGAUCAAAAAUGGAAAGAUGGACCUGAAAAAAAUACUUUCGCCAUUCAUUUGAAUAAAAAAAUGGGAUAUAGAACUUUCUAUGCUGGAAAAUACUUGAAUCAAUAUGGUACGAGAGCUGCUGGUGGUUUAAGGAAACCUCCUGGUUGGGAUUAUUGGUAUGGGCUUGUAGGAAACUCUAAAUAUUACAACUAUUCUCUUUCAAUAAAUGGAACAGAAAGAAAGUACGGAAAUCAACCCCAAGACUAUCUCACAGAUGUAAUCAAACAGUACGCUGUUGAUUUUAUCAAAGUUCAAACUAAUAAUACUCCUUUCUUGAUGGUUUUGGCACCCCCGGCUGCUCAUGCACCUUUUAAUCCUGCUUCGAGACACAAUGAUAAAUACAAAGGGACUAAAGCUAAAAGAACUGCAAGUUUCAACAAUAUGGAAGAGAGGGAUAAGCAUUGGUUGGCCAGAAUGGGACCUAUUCCUUUGCCUGAUGGUGUUUUACCAAAAUUGGAUGACAUCUAUAGAAGGCGUUGGGAAACUCUGUUAGCGGUCGAUGACAUGGUUGCGAACAUACAUCAGUCAUUAAAACUCAAAAAUAUACUGGACAAUACAUAUAUUAUCUUCACAUCUGACAAUGGUUACCAUGUCGGUCAAUUUGGUAUGCCGCUGGAUAAGAGGCAACCUUACGAAACAGAUAUACAUAUUCCUUUAUACAUUCGAGGUCCUGGAAUUGAACAGUCAAAAAUAGCAGCGCCUGUUAGCAGCGUUGACAUGUUUGCGACGAUUCUCGACAUCGCUGGUCUCGAGUAUUUUUCAGAUGGAACUUCGUUGUUAAAGCAUAAUUUAUCAAUUGAUAGAACUUUGCUGAUCGAAUACAAAGGAGAAAAUUCUGAAGGCAGAUCAAAUUCCGGAUGCCCUACUGAUAGUGACCCAAAUUUAGCCCAAUGCAGCAAAGAAUUUGCUUGCAAGUGUCAAGAUGUUACAAAUAAUACUUUCAGUUGUAUUCGAAGGAUUUCCAAAAAUUUUAACAAUAUUUUUUGUGUUUUUGAGGACAAUGAGAGCUACGUCGAAGCCUACGAUUUCACUCAGGAUCCUUACCAGCUGAAAAAUCUUGGUUAUGCAAUGAAGCGUGGCAUGAGACACAGAUUCAGAAGACGUUUGAAAAAUCUUGUUAAGUGUAAAGAUGAUCAGUGCGUUGCGAUUGGGCCAGACAGAUAUUAAUUUAUAAUUCUCCUACAAUUAUAUAAUACCAUUAUUGAAUUAUUAUGCUGUUUUCAUAAGUGCUUAGUAAUAAUCUAUGUAAUUUUUGUACGGUGAGGAUACGGACAGACAGUUUAAUAAUACGUUAAUGCGUCUGUAUUAUGUGAUUAUUAAACAAAAUAAUAUAACCUAUUCUAUUUUUAAAAAU